CAGCACAGACAGCUCGCGCGGGCCCGUGCACGUGCUGGACAUUGAUAAGAAAACUGCAAGACCAGAGUUAUAUAUAAUUAUAAAUGUCGUUUUCAUUACAGCCAAUGUGAAGAACUGGACGAAGGGAUUCUCGUGUCUUACUUACACUUGGAACAUAUUAGAUUGUGAAGGCAAUAUAAAUAAUAUACCUACUAUUUAACUGUUUUUAUACUCAAUCAACGGUGAUGUGGAGUUAAGAGUUACGGAGGAUUUUCUUGAAGAAUGGCCUAUUUUAGAUUAAAACCAAACAGACUAAUUUGAUUUUUAAAACCCGCAAACUACCUUUCAAAGUACUUCAAAUGGGCCGCUUGCUCCUCAGAAAAAAGACUCAUUCUGCCGUGGAGGGCAAUUUGAAUGUUUGCGCACCGAGAAGAAUGUCAAGCCUGCAUAGCCGCUGAGGGACUCAAAACUGCUGCUUAAUUAACCCGAUAUUUGCUCACGAGCCGCAGCUGUCCCCAGCGCAGGUGCUGAGCUUCUCGUGCGCAUUUCUCUCAAUGCGCGCUGUCCCGCGGAGUCCCGCAGCGGCACGGCAGCAAGAUGAGCUCGCGGAUCCCGCUUCUUCUCGCGGUGCUUGCGGUGGCAUGUCUGCGGUUUGGCAGAGCGGAGGCCGAUCCUCUCCCGGCUGCAGUGGUUGAGUUGGUGAAGGGUGGAUCUGUGUCCUCUAUGCAAGAUCUGCAGUUUCUGCUGUUCUCUGAGUCCAUAGAGGUCGAGCCAGACGGUCACCAUGAUAAUGACACCAGCAAUCGACUGCCACGGAGUCUUCUCGAUGCUCAGCCUGCUCAGCAAGCCAUCUGUAAGGUCAGGACGGAGGUCAUUGAGGUCACCCGCUCCAUGUUGGACCGUAGUUAUUCAAAUUUCCUGUUGUGGCCUCCGUGUGUGGAGGUGCAGAGGUGUUCAGGGUGCUGUAAUACCAAGAGCCUGCAGUGUGUUCCUGUACUUACACACACACGAUACCUACAGGUGAUGAAGAUACAGUAUGUGAACAAGAGGCCACUCUACGAUAAAGCCAUUGUCUCCGUCCUCGACCAUGUUGAGUGCCGUUGUCAGCCAGCCCCUCGUUCUGCCCAGCGUAGGAAGUCAUCUGCAAACAAACAGGAAGCACGGGAUCGCUCUGGGAAACCUCGCACUAAAGAUGAGCUCCACCGCAGAGAUGAACUCAAACACAACCAGAGGCUCAGUCUGGAGGACCUACUGAGCCAAAGCUGGCUGCCCAAGGAUAGGCUCUCUGAUUUGGGAGCACCAGAUGCCUUCCAACCUUCUGGAGAGAACAAGCUCCAUUUUAACGAGACGCAGUAUGGAGGGAGUAAAGGUCAUCUCCAUUACCCUGGGGACGGAGGGAGACAUCAUGGCAACAUGAAUGACACAAAGGCGACUCUGCUGCCGAAUCAUACAGAGCGAGAAGAAACUGAGAAGCUUAAUUCUUCUCUGCUCAAUAUUACAAAGGUCAGAGAAAGAAAGCUAUCAAAUGUGCCAUUUGAAUCACAGACUAAUGCUAGCCAAAGUAAAACCAAUCAGACAUCUGAAUAUAAGAUUGGUUUAAUGGAACUGACCAAUAAGACGUUUAAGCAUCACUCAAACAUCACGCAAGAGAUCAACUACACCAACAGUGAAGAAAUCGAGCAUUUACAAAGACAUGAAACCAACAUUGCAGCAAGGACCAAUCAGAAUCAUGAAAAUAAAGUACCGCCCACAGAGCUGACCAAUCAGACAGAUCACCUCACUUCUAAUGCCACAGAAAGAUCCAAUCAAAGUCAAGGAGAUGUGUUUCUGUCUUCCAAAGAGAACAGUAAGAGGGUGAGAAGUAAUGAGACUUCAGACGUAGGGGGUAAAGAGGAGGAGAAGAGGAGAGGUUCCAGCCCACAAGUGGAGAAAAAAGCUAAGGAGGAGGAGAUGGAAGAACUGUUGUUACUGCACAAACUCAUAGAUGAAGAAAAACUCAAACAUCACCUCAAAGUACAGCAAACAAGUACACAACAGGAUGAUAAACUACAGCAGCUCAACCACAAGCAUCAACACGAGCACACAAUCACAACCACACAACAAAUAGGAACCACAUUUCCUCCUCUGCAUCGUUCCCCUCCUCGCACACCUCCCAAACCACCUCCUCGUCCCCCGAAAAGGAGGAGAAAACAGCGCAACCGCAUCAGCAAAUCCGCCAUGAGAGCGCUGCUCAUGUAGCACAAAAACACACAGAAUGAUUUUCAGAUAUGUGCCUCCCUAACCUUCUGCCUAACAUCUUUUGUGUUCCACGAAAGAAAGAAAGUCACGAGAAAGUAUGCUGUUUAAAAUAAGUCUGCUGUUCUCACUAAAUUGGACCAUACCUGCAGGUUCUUCACAUUUUCAUCAAGCGAAGACUUGGGGCAUGGCCAGGAUUUUUUCCCAGGGGUGGCAAGAGUUGAGUAAGGGGUGGCAUCCAGUGUGUGUGUGUGGGAGUGGGGGGUUGCGGUGUCAUCUUGCGGAGGAUUCCAUCUGAUCAGGGGAUGGGACGCUGUGUCCUCCCAGACACGGGCGGAAGAUUGUUAUGAACCAUGCACAACACAUACAGGUUAAGCCAUCGCGCACAUCCAGGAUGUGAGUGGGGUCUGAGUUGGAGUGGCAAGGCUCAUUUUUAGGGUGGCAUUUGACACCCUGUGCCACCCAUCUGGCCCCACCCCUGAGUGAAGAUUCUUUCUCAAUGCUCAAGUUGGCUCCUUUAGAAUGGACACUCAAGCUGAAAAAUGGGACCAAAACUGGGACUUAUGGACCAUGUAAAUCAGCAAGUUCCGAAAAUUGGAAGCAAUGAAUGCUUGAGGUUGAGAACAUUGUAGAAGAACAUUGGAAUUAAAAAUAUAACACCGUGUAACUGCAGUACACCAGAGCAUGUUCCUCUUUGGGUAAAAUAUGGAAGAGAAUGGCCUGACAAAACCCAUAACCACCAUAUCUCCCAUAACCACUAUCUUUCACCUUAGAAGUUUAAACCUGUGCUACUCCUCACCUUGAAUUUUUAGACACUCCAGAUGAAAGCGGUUGACAAUUUCAAAUUAUUUUGGAACCAAUUCCAUCAAUUCCAUUGAGGCUUGAAUAGAAAUAUAAGCACCUACGUUUGAUGGUGACAUCAAGAAGCAUUUGGUAAAUGAAGCCAAUUUUUUAAGCAGAUCUGGUAUUAUCAUCAGAGAUGAUAUGUGUCAAAUGUGACAAAACUACAAAUAUUUUAAUGUAUAUUUAUUCAAAUGAUGUGCUUUUACCUAAAAAAGACAGACAGAGAGAAAGCUUGAACAAUUGAUCAACAAAAAGUGUAUUUUAAUACAUUACCAGCCAAAACCACCAUCUACCUUUGCUAUAAAUUGUUUGUUGAAUAUAAUUUUAAUUAAUAUUAUUAUUUAAGCGAUUCUUAACACUGGAAAUUCACACAGGAUAAAGAAAGGGACUCUGUUUCUAUAUCGAUUAAUUGUUAAUACCUCUAAGAGUGUAAAGGUGCUACAUUAUAACACAAAAGCAGUUAGAGUUUUAUCAUUAAUAUUAUUUAUUCUGUGUAAAUCUUCUAUUCUGUUCAUAGCAGACCCAGUGUUUUAUCAUAGUCAAACACUCGCCAAAAGACCAAAAUGUGGAUUUCUGUAGUUUGUUCAUGUACAGCUCAAUGUCUGUGUUGAAUCUUUGCUAAACUUUGCAGAUGGUGCAUAUUUUGCACCCUUUUUUUAUACAUGGAAUAAAAUAGAAACACUA